AUGUAUUUGAAAUCCUGCUACAUUAUGCACAAGAAUGCUACUUUGUAAGGUGAAAGGACCUAAAUAGUGAGAAUUUAGACUAAGCCAAUCAUUUUUAAAAGAAAAAUUAAGCAAAAAGAGGAAGGAUGA